UGGCGCACCGCACCGCACCUCCCGGACAGCGCUAAAAACCGCUCUCCCCACCCAAUUUCCCCUUCUUCUCGGUGGAGGCGAACGACGAACCCUAACCGCGCGAGGAAUAAGGAAUGCCCAGACCCGCAAGGACGGCGACGAUGGCGGCGGUUCGGUGCGCGGCGAGGAGCCUCGGUGGCUCACUGCUCCAGCGAACGCAGGCUGCGGUCGCGGAGGAGGGACGCCGGCUCGUGCCAAGCAGGUUCAUGCGCUCCCGCCAGCUCUCCACCAAGCAUGCUGGCAAGAUCCCGGAGGAACUGGAGCCGUCUGAAGUGGACGCUCAGUAUAAGCUGGCGAGGGCGAAGCUGGGUGCAACGUUAGAUAAGUUGGAGAAGGAACAGGCAGAUAAGACUAUGUUGCGCUUGAAAUCCAUCGGACGUGCGGUUGACGGCGUGAUCAAUGGAGUUGUCAAGUUGGCAGCUUUCUGUAUGGUUACUGCUGUUGCUUUUGGUGGCGAAGGGGUAGAAGCACAGGCUGUUACCAAGGGAAGCCAGUGAAGACAAGAUGGAACAAUGAGAACCAAAGAUGGCCCAGCUUGUUUUAAGUUCAAUUAUGACCUCUGCAGUUUGGCUAUCAUGUUAUUAUAUCUCUUAUCUGUCUAUCUAGUGAGUACUGUAGAUUGAUCCGAACAUACUUGCGUAACUGGUAUGGUCACUGGCAUGCAUGGUUGGUGUUAUUGGCUUCUGUCUUGAAGUGAUUGUAAUCAACUUAGAAGUGUUCACUUUCUGAAACUAAUUGUGUGACGUCUUGUACAGAUACUUUCACUUCAUGACUGCCCUGUUUUUUUU